UCAUCGAGUCAACUAAAAACAAUCCAAAAUGACAGGCGUGCGGCGCUGGGGAUCGAGGUAGCCUGCCUGGUAGCGGCCUCGAGCGGAGUCUCGUCGUCUCCGGAGUCGCGGUACCCACCAAGGCGGCUUGACGGAGCUACACACACCUGCUGGUGCGCAUCGCCAGGCACGGCUGCGACGUCACGACGCUCUGACGACGGCCAUCGCGACGACGAGGGGCUGCCCUCGCAGCUUGACCCCACCGCAUCGACCUCCACCUCGACGUUGCAUCGACAACCUCAUCAGCAUCAGCAUCAGCAUCACCAUCACCAUCAUCAUCGCCAUCGACAUAGCCGCGACGAUGGAGAACCGAGCGGACUCUGCCCGUCCUGUGGUCAAAGACGCCGCGAAGAGAUCUACUACACCAUCGAGGAUUUGGACGCGAUCGAGGCAGCGCCUCUCGAGUCCCAACGAACGCCCACGUCGCAGAGGACCUGUAGCUGCGACACCGUCGACGGUAUCAGUGGCGAAAGGGAACGCGGUGAUCUUCGCAAGUACCGCAGCACCGACUCUAGGUGGAUCGACAGCAGUUUCCUCUCUCCCGAGGACGCGAUCUGGGACCUGAGGAGGCGUACCAGCGAGGGAACGGAGUUUCGAUGGGCUCUACACACGUCCAGCACCGAUUUGGACCUGGUGAAGAAGACGAAAUGCAGCUGCCACAGUCUAACCCCGGAGGAGAAAAAGCCGCAGGACGUGCAACGAGGGGACCUGAGGAAACACCACAGCGCCGAAACGGACAAGUGGUCGAUCAAGCCGGACUACCUGCAGACACCGAUGCACGAUUUGAGGAAACACAGCAGCGACGACACCAGGAUGGCCAGAGAAGCCAGGUGGCUUCAGGUUCCGGAAGUGUUGCCCAACCCGAAGCCAAGAUGCACGUGUCCGAAAUCAAAGGUGUUGGCCCCUUCGCCACCGGCCGAACCGCCAAAACCAUCGCCGCCACCGCCACCGCCAACGCCACCGCCAGUGGAACAAGUAGUAGAAAAACCUCCCGCGAUACUGGAGCCGGAGAGGAAGCUUUACUACUCCGCGUCUUUGGCCGUCGAACGACCGGAAGAACCGACCAUCGCGCCUGUCCCAGAGAAACCGGAACUGAAGAAGCACGCCAGCGAGGACACAAGGCUAGUGAGAACCGAGAGAGUCCGGGAGAGACCGAAGCUGGAACGAUCACACGCGAGAGUCGACAGUCAGAUGUCGAAGAAAUGGGGCGCAAAGGAGAAGGUGAUCAGUCCCGAGGAAGGGAAGAAACCUCGGCCAAAGUGGGCGAUGAAACCGCACUUCUCUUUGCCCGUCGAGAAGAAGGAUUCGAAAUGGAGGAGCCAAGACUCGACGGAGAGUUUCAAGAGCAAAAGCUUGAAGGAACGACCCAAGUACAGCAUCCGGAGGAGCAUGUCACCGGAACCGGAUCCACGUCAGAUAACGAAACUGGAGAACAGAAUCGUUCGACGAUUGAUAUCUCCGGAGAUCACCAUCAUGGACGCGAAAUGGGCUCCCUACGAGGACGCUUCUCCUUUGCCUACGAUCGGGAUCAAGAAACGUGAGCCAAAGCACAUCAGCGAGAUCAAGUGGUCCCCGUACGAGGAAUCGCCAAUGGACGGUGGUGGUGUUGGUGAUAGUUUCGCGGUUGAGGAACCGGAAGAGUCGAAAUCUUGGUCACCGUUUCAUCACGUGACACCUACUCAUCAUCCACCUCCAGAGGCGACACCCUGCCGUAGCGACGACGAAGAUUUUCGAUGGAGGAUUCUCAACCAGGUGUCAGCGUUCCCGAUCUAUCAAGGCGGCUGGAAGGACGAGUCACCCGAGAGGACACCGCCUAGAAAGCUACAAUCUCCGGUGGAUCUAUCUCCGCCGAUUUGGUCUCCUCAGGUUCCAGCUACUCCCGUGAAGAGGCAGAGAUCCCAGCAGCAGUACUCUCCACCUCCGCCGGUACAACGGAAGAGCAUCGUUAAGGGUCGCGGCUUGUCGAAGAAGAAGGCUCUGAGAGCCAGGUCGGAGAGUCAUCAGGCGGGCGGGGAUGAUAGAUUGAUGCCGCCUACGGUGUUGGUUCGUGCCGCUAGCGAGGAGCCGAAGAGCCGUCAAAGGCCUCAGUUGAUGAGAUCGAAGGCUUUGUUAGAGGUCCCUGUGCCGAUGGGUAUUACGAAGAGGUCGUUAAGCGAGGAAGUGCCCCGCACGCGAGGCCGUGAACGGCCACGUGCUCCUAAUAGAGCUCGCAGCGAGGAGGCACCCAAGUAUGAAGACCCAUGGUUCGCUAACGACAGCCUGCCAGUUGAGAAGACCGAGUUGCGGGAAUACGUGACGACGGUUUAAGUGGGGGAACAGAAGUUUGACGGUACUCGAAAUCGAGCCAAGGUAUUUUAGAAUUCAUUUGCGCCGCACCCUCGCCAGUAGAGGGUUCUAGUUAGCUCGCUUAGCUGUUUUCUACGGACAUACGAACCGAUCAGGUGUGUACAUUAAACAGAUUUCCUGCAACUGCGAUCAUUAUUUUUCAUCUCUGAGCCGCAUUCGCCUUUUUUAAAUUGCACCAUCGACGCGCGAUGAGAUGGUGGUCGUUCAGAAUCGUAGAGAAACCGUGAUUCAUGAGAGCGAACCAAGGUGACGGAUGAACGUAAACGGCUAGAGGUUCGAGUCGCGACGAUCAUACACUUCGUUGGCCUACGAAACGAAGAUUACAAAAUCGAAGGAGCAACUAUAAUUAGUCGAGGAGUCAACGAUUCUUUCUGUAAAAGAAAAUAAGAAACGAUAAAAUCGAGAGGCUAGGGGUCAAGGACUGAUUAAUAUCGAGUUCGCGUGGCGUAGCUGAAGGGUCUCGAACGAUAACGACGACCCCUUCAGCUUAUUAAAACGAACAAUUUUCAGCUCGAAACUGAACUUUUCAUCGGCAACACUGAGCACCGAAAAGUACAGCUCGACGCGGUUGUCCAGUCUGUGACGACCAAAUGACAGUUCACGUAGGGUGUUUAAGCGAUAACGAUAGCCAAUAACGUAAUUAACACAGUCGAGCGUAAUCUUCGAUUUAAAAAUAACAAAAUAAAAAUGAAACCGCAUUAAUAAUACGAGCUUAGGUGUUUAAGUAUAGCUGAUACGAAUAUCGAAUAAAUCGUGCGGUUUUCGUGUUGCUGAAAUCAAAGUUAUCGUAUCGAAAACGGAAAGGAAAAUGAAACCAAAAACGAACAACUCGAUUCGAGUACACCAUGGUGUAAUACUUCUAAAAAAAAAAAAAAAAAAAAAAUGGGACGUUGGAAAUAAACCAAAGUUCGUUCGGUGAGUCGUCGGUGCUCGACGAGGACACCUUUGUUACAUAUUCCUUUCUUUUGCUAUAUAUAAUACAAUGAAAAUUGCAGAACGAUCCGCUUGAAAAAUGGAUCCCUCGUGAUCCGUAGAUCGUUAGCGAAUAUCGUGCAUACGCAUAAUUAAGUUCUAACGUGAAGAAAAAAAGAAAACAAAAAACAAAAGGGGGUCGCUAAUAUGGCGGCUGAGGUAAACGACAUUUAGCAGCCCUCGUGUGCCGGCGCGUGCAAUAUUAAUUAGGAUUAUACAUUUACCAGUUCAUUGAAUAGCCAGUUAAGGAUGGGGUACUAAGUAUUAAGCGAAACAACGCGAUCAUCUUGUAAAGUUUAACCUUAUCGACGGCUGCACUUUACUUUACCCCAACUGUUCGCCAUUUUAGUUGCCAUUACGCCUGCGAUUCGAUACGUUUUUUGCAGAAAACGCGAUCCCUCCAGGAUUUUCGAGUACUGUAUACAUACACGCAUAUAUAUAUUAUAAAUAUAUGCUCUCUAUACACGCGUCUGCCGGUCUCUUGCCGGCUUCUUCAGCCACGAUCGUUUUAGAUUUUUGAUAUUCGAUUGCAAGGUGAUUCGGAUGUGUUUCUCUGGAGACGGAGGAAGCCUCGAUUGAAAGUGUAUUUUGUAUUUCGAUUUGAAUUCCGAUCAUCCACCGAUAAACCAGUGCUUCGAACAAUACAACUUAGGCUUCUCUUUGUUAACACGUUCAAUUUUUAGGCUCAUCACAAAUUCUUUAUAAUUGUUUGACAAUUAACCAACCGUAUCAUUAAUAAAUAUACUUGUUCAUUUCCAUCGGGAUGGUUAAUGCGUUUAAUUGGAAAAAUAAAAUGAUCGUGUUUGAAUAAUUACAAUUACGUUACGUCUGAUACGAAUUUUGGGUUAAAGGAGUUAAUUAGGAAAAGCCUAAGUGAUUUACCCUCGCGAGACGCGUGUUAUUCAUGCGUUGCAAAUACAUUCGAGCAUCGUCUUACACAGUCAGAUUUUGUACAUAUUUUUAAUAAUGUGUGAUAGCUGUAAUUGUACACCACGGUGGCAGACUAAUGAAAGGAAACAAAAAUAAACGACGAUGAUGAAGUUUUCUAAAUAUUCGGGUCUUCCUCCCGUUCAGUUCAGGUCCGGUCGUUCUUAAUAUUCUUUAUUUCUUCGUUCAGCCGUUCGUUUCCCUCGCGGUUUCUCGAUGUCGUCUCGUGUUAAGAAGAACCCCUUGCGAAUACACUUCCGGUGCCGAGGAGGCCGUAUCAUUGUCGCGGGUUAUCGAAACAAACGAAAUGAAAAAAAAAAACCAUUCCUGUGACUGACACGCGUUACAAUCGGCCGUACGAAUAAAAAUCGAAGCUUUCAGCUCGAGAACGGAAGCUGAGGCAUUCCGAAACUUCCGUUUACCUCGGGAUCGAACGACUCUUUCUGUUCGUGCGGCUCGAUAUGCUGUCGCCACGAAAGAAAAAGAAAAAGUUACAAAAAAAAAGAGAAAAAUUAAAAGAGAGAAACUCACAGAGAUAGAAAUUAUUUUCUAAAGAAAAUGCGUGAAACAGGAGAGAAAGGGAACGAAUGAGAGUGAGAUUUAGAGCGAAAGGAUGAUAGAAUUAUUUAAGAAAAGGGGGUGAAAUAUCGACGAUAAGCUUGCGCAGGAAUCGUGCGAGGUGCGAAAGAAGAUCAACCAAAAAAAAAAAAAAAAAGAUGAAAGUGAGCCAAAAAAAAAUACCAAAAAAAGAAAAAUUCCUUGCUUUCUCCGGCGAGAUCUCGUGCUAGCGAAUUUUUUCUAUAAAACUGCGUGUGUUUUAAACGAGGACGAACAAACCAAAAUGAGAUGCAACAAGCAUAAAAGAGAGAUUACCAAGAAACAAAGAGAAAAAAAAAAAUGAAAAAAAUAUGUAUCUAACUGCGCGCC